GCUGGCUAUAAUCCAGACAGGGGAACAUUGGGUAAAUGUGAAUCAACUUUGAAUUUGGGUCUCUAGGUACUUCCCUCUGGCUUCUGCAGCUUUUGGACCUCCCCUACAGAGAUUGUAUAAAUACAGCUCAAGAAGGAGGUAAAUACACGGUUGAGGAGUUUUCUUCACAAAACCUCUGCAAAAUGGCAACAGCAAAUGUACAACGGCCAAUGGCCUUACCUGUUAGACUCUGGCAUUGCCUCAGUGGAGACCCUCCGAUCCCUGUUCUGUACGAUCCAACAUUCCUGAACACAACUCACGCCUCUCUGCUGGCUGUCAAAGACCCUGAAUUGACCCGAGCCUCCCAUUUCACUGUCACCGUGCUCAACGGAUCAGAUGGCAAAAGAGUCCCAUUGGUCCUCAAGAGCACAGACACCAUCGGCAAACUUCAGAAGAGUUUCCUACAGAAGCGGCCUGACCUGACGGGAAGCCUGAACCUCGCCUACAACGGCAAGCCCGUACAGGGGCACCAAAGCCUGGGAGAGCUGGGGGUGAAGGAUGGGGCUACUUUCAUCACCUUUCAGAGGUGUCAUGGAGGGUAGACGCGGAGCAAUAGAUGUGGAGGAGGGCUGUUUCCAUUCAUCUAUCCCUUGCAGGCACAGCCAGAAGAGGACCACCCCUCAGAACCUGGUUCCGUUCUAGGUUUCUUCCUGUCUCUCUAUGGAGUUUUUCCUAGCCACCGUGCUUCUACAUCUGCAUUGCUUCCUGUUUGGGGUUUUAGGCUGGGUUUCUGUAUAAGCACUUUGUGACAUUGUGCUGAUUUAAAAAGGGCUUUAUAAUUACAUUUGAAUGGUUGACUGAUUUAACUGUCUUGCUUUGCUCUUGCCUGGUACUAGCUAAUGAAGUGAACUAUAAGCCAAUCAAUGUGACCAAUCAAUAUGAGUUAGUUCACCCCGUUAAAUGUACCGUUUGUGAGGUUUUAUUAGUCAUUUUGAUAUGCCAUUGGUGUUUAACAGUAGGUACUACUGUAUCUGAAAUAGCUUAGUACAAAUUUCUUACUUUAUUGUAACAAAAAAUAUUUUUGCACUUUAAUGAUGUUUUCAACGACCAAAAAGGCUAUCAAAUCAGAAGGAUGACGAACAAAAUAAAUAACGUUUAAACAUA